AUGGCCGUCUCCGCCAGCGCCACCGUACUCCCGCGCUCCGACCUUGGCGGCUGGAACGUAUCCUACGUGCAGACCGGCGGAUCCGACAGAACACACUCGGAGCACGUAUACGGCGUGUACGCCAACGCGGAGCUCGCGGACAACAUUGCCGUCGACUGCCUCUCGCAGACGACGAGCGACGGACAGGUGUUCUCUGGAAACGAUCCUACGACCCUGACCUGCACUCCUGCGUCGUUCAGCUACGUGUACAACACCGAUGAUUCUACUUUGACCCUGACGCAGACUGUGGAGCUCAGCGGUACUAAUGUUACUGUUAAGGGUACCUCGCAGCCCUUUACUACUAAGCUCGAUCCUAUCCGCGGAAAGGGUGGAUCCGCUCACAACAUCACUUUCCAGGCUACCACUGGUGUGGCGUAA